GCUUCCCCUUCCUGCAUGGAACCAGGAAGUGGUGAAGUGAUGGGUGACCUCACCAUCUGUGCAUGUCAGGGCUGAUGGGAAGCAUCAGGAAGUCUUCAUCAUCCUCCACCUUCACCACGCUCCACACACUUCCAUCUAGAGUCCUUCCAACAUGGCUGGGAUCUCUUGUCAUCUGUCUCUCCCCUUCUAAAAGCACCCCCUUCUCAUGUCCUCCUAAGGAUCUUAGACCCCUUCCUUGGUUUGAUUCAGGUAGGCAACUGAGGAGGUGUAGCCGUGGCAGAAAGAGUAGCAGGAAAGGAAAGAAGAGACAGAAGACAAGGGGAAAGAAAAAGAGAUCAGCAGAAGCAGAGGUGUAGGUGGGAGGAAGGGAGAAGGAGGGGAGGAGGAAAUGGCACCGAUGCUCACAGGCCUCCCCGCCCACAGCUAAGGGCUCUGCCUUCUCAGAGAGGCCAUGUCAGAAGGAGAGAGCAAGGACAGCUCGGGCAGCGAGUGCCCUGUGUGCUACGAAAAGUUCCGGGAUCUGGAGGGCACCAGCCGGACGCUGAGCUGCGGCCACGUGUUCUGCCAUGACUGCCUCGUCAAGUACCUGCUGUCCACCCGCGUGGACGGGCAGGUGCAGAGGACCAUCGUGUGUCCCAUCUGCCGCUAUGUCACCUUCCUCAGCAAGAAGAGCUCCCGGUGGCCCUCUGUGCUGGACAAGAGCUCCCAGACCCUGGCCGUGCCCGUGGGCCUGCCCCCUGUGCCACCGCCGGCCACGCUGGGCCACACGAACCCCCUGGCCGACUCCCAGCCCGCCUGGAGACCGAGUCAGGCGAGGCUGCCGGGGAGCCCGAGCACGCAGCUCCCCUUGGAAGUGCUGCCUGGCCUGCCCCGGGAGCCCCAGAUCUUCGUCAUCAGUCGCCACGGGAUGCCCCUGGGGGAGCAGGACAGUGUCCUGCCCCGGCGCAGCCUGGCGGAGCUCUCCGGGGCGUCCCCGGCCCCCAGCUCGACCCGGUCGUUCUGCUGCCGCUCACGGGCGCUGCUGCUCAUCACCCUCAUUGCCAUGGUGGCCGUGGUGGCCGCCAUCUUGCCCUGGAUCCUGCUGGUGAGGAAGCAGGUGUGAGCGAUGGCCCCUGGAGGGGCAGUGGAGAGAGGCUUGGCCUGAGAGCUACUCUGGGAGGUGCCCUGCUCCCCAGGCUGGGCUGGUCAUGGCUUGGAGAGGACAGAGGGAGCCCCUGGUGCAGACCUG